CGAAAUUGGGGUUUCAAUUUCUCUAACAAACGCUCCUCCUAAUUAUAAAAAAUAAAAUAAAAUAAAUAAAUGUAGUUAGUUUCAAGAAAUUAGCACACACAGCAGAGGUGUAUGAUGGCCAUUCUAAGCAACUCAUUUCUUUCCUUCCCACUCAACCCAAACCAAACUCUUUUAACUGUCAAUAACGACCGUCUCUUCACGAACCACCACCGUACUCUCCAUCUCAUCGACCAAUGCACCGACUUAAUGCACCUAAAGGAGCUCCAUGCUCAAAUGCUUCGCUCUGGUCUCUUCUUCGACCAGUACAACGCCAGCAAACUCUUCUCUGCAGUGGCUCUCUCAUCUUUCUCGAGCCUCGACUAUGCUCGCAAGGUGUUCGAGGAAAUUCCUCAACCAAAUCUCUACACUUGGAACACUCAUAUUCGCGCCUUAGCUUCAAGCCCAGAACCCAGUCAGAGCGUCCUGAUGUUUAUCCGAAUGCUUUAUGAAUGUAUGGAUUGUCCUAACAAUUUCACAUUUCCAUUCGUUAUCAAAGCUGCCGCUGGGGUUUCUAGUUUGCCUGUUGCGCAAGCAAUUCAUGGAAUGGCAAUUAAGUCUUCAUUGGCUGCGGAUAUGUUUAUUUUGAAUUCACUUAUACAUUGUUAUGCUGCGUGUGGAGAUUUGGAUUCAGCUUAUUUAGUGUUCAUGAAGAUUGAGGAGAAAGAUGUUGUUUCUUGGAAUUCCAUGAUUAAGGGCUUUGUAAUAGGAAGCUAUCCUGAGAAGGCAUUGGAGUUGUUUUUAAUGAUGGAGACGGAGAGCGUUAGACCUAAUGAGAUAACCAUGGUGGGUGUUCUAUCUGCGUGCGCUAAGAAGAUGGAUUUAGAGUUUGGGAGGUUGGUUUGCCACUAUAUCGAGAGGAAUUGGGCUAAUGUCAAUUUGACUGUAAGUAAUGCUAUGCUAGAUAUGUAUGUGAAAAAUGGAAGUGUUGAAGAUGCUAGAAUACUGUUUGAUAAGAUGGAGGAGAAAGAUAUCUUUUCCUGGACAACUAUGAUUGAUGGGUAUGCAAAAGGGAAAGAUUUUGAUGCAGCUAGGAGUAUCUUUGAUGCCAUGCCUCAAAAAGAUAUAUCUGCAUGGAAUGUCUUAAUAUCUGCUUAUGAACAGGAUGGAAAACCCAAAGAGGCUUUGGCCAUUUUCCAUGAGUUGCAGCUCAGUAAGGCUGCAAAACCGGAUGAAAUCACACUUGUAAGCACUUUGACAGCUUCUGCUCAGCUGGGAGCAAUAGAUAUAGGUGGGUGGAUUCAUGUAUACUUAAAGAAGCAAGGGAUCAAGUUAAGCUGCCAUCUGACAACUGCACUUAUAGACAUGUAUUCUAAAUGCGGUGAACUGAAGAAGGCGCUUGAUGUUUUUUAUUCUGUAGAGAGCAGAGAUGUGUAUGUUUGGAGUGUCAUGAUAGCUGGGUUGGCAAUGCAUGGCUGUGGAAGAGCUGCUAUAGAUUUGUUUUACAAAAUGCAAGAAGCUAAAAUGAGGCCGAAUGCUGUGACAUUUACCAACUUAUUAUGUGCUUGUAGCCACGCAGGACUAGUGCCUGAGGGCAGAAUGUUUUUUGAUCAAAUGGAAUCAGUUUAUGAUGUUGUGCCCGGAAUCAAGCACUAUGCUUGCAUGGUUGAUAUCCUUGGUCGUGGAGGUUUUCUAGGGGAAGCUAUUGAAGUGAUAGAGAAAAUGCCGAUAGCUCCUAGUGCUUCUGUGUGGGGAGCUCUGCUCGGAGGCUGUAGGAUACAUGGGAACGUUGAGCUAGCUGAAAUGGCCUGCAGUCGUUUGCUCGACUUGGACCCUAGCAACCAUGGAGCAUAUGUGCUAUUAUCCAACAUAUAUGCAAAAAAGGGAAACUGGGACCAUGUUUCUAUAUUAAGGCAGCGUAUGAGAGACCAUGGAAUCAAGAAAGAGACAGGUUGUAGUUCAAUCGAGGUUAAUGGCGCCAUUCAUGAGUUUCUCGUGGGAGACCACUCUCAUCCUCUCUCUGGGAAAAUCUAUUCAAAGUUGAAUGAGGUUAUAGCUAAGCUAAAAUCCAUCGGAUAUGUGCCAAACACAUCCCACCUUCUGCAAUUUGUAGAAGAAGAAGACAUGAAGGAGAAGGCACUUAACCUUCAUAGUGAGAAGUUGGCAAUUGCUUUUGGGCUUAUCAGCGUUACUCCAUCACAGCCAAUUAGGAUUGUGAAAAAUCUUCGUGUUUGUGGGGAUUGUCACUCAGUUGCUAAGCUGAUAUCUAAGCUUUACAAGAGAGAGAUCAUUCUAAGAGAUCGGUAUAGAUUUCAUCAUUUUAGCCAAGGGAAAUGCUCGUGUAUGGAUUAUUGGUAAACAAUGGUAGAAUUUGCUUUGGACAUUUCUUCUUAAGCCUGUUGAACAAUCUUGUGGUGUAUGCUGGUAUAUAAUCUAUUUUUAAAAUGCCAACAUAUUCUGAUAUCAGAAUUUAUAAA